GGGAACGACCACACACUUGAAACUUCCCUUCCAUUUUGUCAAUAUACAUUCCAGCCUGUCCGAGACUUCGGGGAUAACUUGGACUUGACAGAAAGGGGAAAUUAAAACUAUUUUUAAUAUUCAAAAGAACGCCAACUUUUUUCUGAAACCAGAAGUGAAGUGAAGAUUAAAAAGCACCCACAACCGAGCCGCGUCGCAGAGAGAGCGGAGACAAGCAAGGAGACACAUCUCACCACCGGAACUUACUCUCUACCCUCAACAUGAACGCUGCUCUCUUUGCCAAAGCUGUUACCGUUCUCUUACUCGUUAUAUGCAAACAAGGCUACUCAGAAGAACAGACACAGUCCGAGGGUCAGGAUGAACCUGCAUCCAGGGAGAAGCGAGGCCUCAACAUGCUCCGUCUUGGGCGUGGACUACAGAUGCUGCGUCUGGGGAAACGCGGGGGGUUGAACAUGCUACGUCUCGGCAGAUCUUCACCCAGCUCUGAAGAGCUAUCGGACUAUUUAUAUGACAUAUUGCAAAAUGAAUAUUUGGUUAACCCUGAAGUAUUAAACGGAGAAGAUGAUGUGAUGUACCCCGACUCAAGUCGCUACAGGCGAUCCGCUGAAGGUGACCGUGCCGUUGCUCUACCUAGGAUAGGGAAAGAUGAGGAGGAAGAAUACGCAGAUGAGUAUGAGAAGAGAGCUUUGUCUAUGCUGCGUCUUGGCCGCUCUGGGGAAGGAAUGGAAGAUGAAGUAGUGGGCCUGGUACCAGAAGACGAAGAGGAGAAGAGGGCUCUUGGCAUGCUUCGGCUCGGAAAACGACCAAUGAACAUGCUCCGUCUUGGAAAACGACCAAUGAACAUGCUCCGUUUGGGAAAGCGACCAAUGAACAUGCUCCGUCUUGGAAAGCGUCCAAUGAACAUGCUCCGUUUGGGAAAGCGACCAAUGAACAUGCUCCGUCUUGGAAAGCGUCCAAUGAACAUGCUCCGUUUGGGAAAGCGACCAAUGAACAUGCUUCGUCUUGGAAAACGACCAAUGAACAUGCUCCGUUUGGGAAAGCGUGAAGAUGAAACAGAGGGGGAAGAAAAGAGAGCCCUUGGUAUGCUCCGCCUCGGUAAACGGUCGGACGAGAAAGUUGAUGGAGACGCUGGUGUUUCUACGCAACAGUGAUGCUCUAAGCAAUAAUCGGGAACUUUCGGUAGUUUCCGUCCCUCCCUACAAACCCAUCAAAACCGCUUCAUGGAAUCAAACAAUCAGCUAACAUCAUGUGAAUACCGAAAUCGUGGUCAUAUGUGUUUCAAAUACAAAGAACUUACUGAAAACAAUAUCCCAUAUAAACUUAAGUUGACUCAGGACUAUUAAUAUAGUUCCAGGCUUUUGUACUCCUGUUCAAAUACCGUGAGGUCAGACUAGAGUUGACACGGAUUCUUUCACAUUGAAACGAUGUGACGGUGGACAAAAUAAAAAAUAUGCUUCAGAUGAUCGCUGUGGUAAUCUUGAUUUCAACACUACUGUCAAUAUCACAAAUGAAAACUAUCUAUAAUGUACAGUAUCAAAUACAGAUGUAUUAUUUCGUGUUAUAUCAUAUUCGUUUUUACCAAACAGGGGCUGAAAGAGAAAUAAAAUAUGUUGUUUA